UGGAGAGCAUUUGCCCGUGCUAGAAGUACGAUUUCAGAGCACAGCCAGCAGCACGGGGUGGCAGUUUGGGCCGAAGCAUAUGUCAUUUAGUGUGGUCAUGUGUGAAACUGAAGUCUGAUGCCCACCCUCCCCUCAGCACUGGCCAUGGACGGGGAGAACUACCUGCAUCCAGAAGGCCCUCAACUGGACAGCAGCAUGUUCUCUGUAGCCUCCUCUAACAUGGAGAGUCCGCUAUUUGGUCCCUCUGGAUCCUGGAGGUCCUACUCUCAGCCGGGGGAAUAUGGCGAUCACUGCCCUAUGCAAUCUGGAAACCAGCAAUACCACUUGAACAGCAGCAGCGCUACCACCGCCACUUCGCCGGAUGUCCCGAUUGACAUAUACUCUGCAUUCUCAGACAUGGAUUUCUCCUGCCUCAAUCUCCCCAGGAAUGGCGAUUUCCCCCAGGAUCUGACCUGCAUUGAUGACCUCUCCACAAACUCCCUGUUCUCCUCUCCGGCCGAUUCAUUGUCAGAGUAUGCUGAUGCACCGCCCUUCAUCAACACAGACACCCUUGUCACAGUACCUACACUCUGGGACGUCAGCACUAGUACCACCGUCGCCAACACACCAGCACAGAGCCAGCUGGAGCUGAAAGGCUCCAGCAGGUUUCAGGGCUUGGCCAGUUUGGAUGAUAUUACUGCUAUAAUCAGCACCCCACCUUUAGGAGGAUUCCAGGCUCAGACAACCCAGUCUCCACCGGAGGAGGAGGAGGAAGCUGAGGAAGAGGAUUCAGAGGAACUGGGCCAUGUCGACACGUAUGCUGAGUACAGGCCUUCCAAAUCCACAAUAGGAAUUUCCCAUCCUGACAUAGUGGUGGAGACCAACACGCUUUCCAGUGUCCCUCCUCCAGACAUCACAUACACUCUGUCAAUCCCUGAGAAUACCAUUAGCAGCGGCCUGCUGUCUGCCCUGCAGCUUGAAGCCAUCAUCUACGCCUGUCAGCAACACGAGGUCAUCCUUCAGAACAACCAGCGAGCGGGCUUCCUGAUUGGAGAUGGGGCUGGUGUCGGGAAGGGACGCACUGUUGCGGGAAUUAUCCUGGAAAACUACCUUAAGGGAAGGAAGAAAGCACUAUGGUUCAGCAUAUCCAAUGACCUGAAAUUUGAUGCAGAAAGAGAUCUCAAAGACAUUGAUGCAUCGACUAUUCCUGUGCAUGCCUUAAACAAGAUUAAGUAUGGUGACACAGCUACCUCAGAAGGAGUCCUCUUUGCAACGUACUCUGCGCUGAUUGGCGAAAGCCAGGCGGGGGGACAGCACCGCACGAGGAUUAAACAGAUCUUAGACUGGUGCAAGCCGGAUUUUGACGGAGUUAUUAUUUUUGAUGAAUGCCACAAAGCCAAGAAUGCCACAUCAACAAAGAUGGGUAAGGCAGUGCUUGAUCUGCAAAACAAGCUGCCGCGGGCCAGAGUGGUGUAUGCCAGUGCCACAGGUGCAUCUGAGCCAAAAAACAUGAUUUACAUGAGCCGCCUGGGAAUCUGGGGUGAGGGCACGCCCUUCAGGACCUUUGAUGACUUCCUGCAUGCUAUUGAGAAGAGAGGCGUGGGUGCCAUGGAAAUUGUUGCCAUGGAUAUGAAAGUGAGCGGGAUGUACAUCGCCAGGCAGCUGAGCUUCUCAGGGGUGUCGUUUCGCAUUGAAGAGAUCGGACUGGACAGCGACUUCAAACUGGUCUACAAUAAAGCUGCCAUACUGUGGGCGGAGGCGCUGAAAGUCUUCAUGCGUGCUGCCGAUGAGCUGGGCCUGGUCAGCAGGAAGUCUCUGUGGGGGCAGUUCUGGUCAUCUCACCAGCGCUUUUUCAAAUACCUCUGUAUCGCUGCCAAAGUCCGCUGCCUGGUGGAGUUGGCUAAGAAAGAGCUGGAGGCAGGAAAGUGCAUCGUCAUUGGCCUGCAGUCUACCGGAGAGUCACGUACUCGAGAAGUUUUGGACGAGAAUGACGGGCAUCUUGACAGAUUUGUCUCUGCUGCAGAGGGAGUGUUCCAGUCCCUUGUGACAAAACAUUUUCCUUCUGAAAAACAGCGACGAGAGAAAGCACCCGGGAAUAAAAGAAAACGUAAACCUCGCGGUCGCCAGCCCAAGAUGCCCAAGCACGCGGUGGAUAGCGGCGGCGUCAUCAACAUCAGCGACGACAGCAGCACGGACUCUGACGGCAUGGACACAGACUCUAACUCCUCGCCGGACUCGCUGCUGGACAAUGAUGAUGUCAUCUUUGUCAACCACACUAGCUGCCAGACUGUCAGGAUAGAAGAGAUGAAGCUGAGUCUCCUCAACAAGAUAGCACAGCUGGGAAAAGAACUACCUCUAAAUACCCUGGACGAGCUUAUUGAUAAGUUUGGGGGGCCGGACAAAGUCUCAGAGAUGACGGGUCGUAAGGGUCGUGUGGUGCGGCGCCCUGACGGCAGUGUCCGCUACGAGUCGCGUGCCGAGCAGGGUCUCACCAUCGAUCACAUCAACAUCAAAGAGAAAGAUCGCUUCAUGGGCGCAGAGAAGCUGGUCGCCAUCAUCUCCGAGGCAGCCAGCUCUGGAAUUUCCUUGCAGGCUGACAAGCGAGUGAGGAACCAGAAGCGCCGGGUACAUAUGACCUUGGAACUGCCAUGGAGUGCCGACAGGGCCAUUCAGCAGUUUGGCCGUACCCAUCGGUCCAAUCAAGUGACGGCUCCAGAGUACAUCUUCCUCAUCUCGGAGCUCGCUGGGGAGAGACGUUUUGCCUCUAUAGUGGCAAAGAGACUAGAGAGCCUGGGUGCAUUAACUCAUGGAGACAGAAGAGCCACAGAGUCCAGAGACCUGAGCAAAUACAAUUUUGAGAACAAGUACGGUACUAAGGCUCUGGAUAAAAUCACUAAAGCAAUCCUUGGUCACAUAGAGAACAAGGUGCCUGCACCAAAAGAUUAUCCCGGAGGUGACGCCAUGUUCUUCAGAGAUAUGAAAGAGGGAAUGAUGGAUGUGGGCAUCUUCUGUAGGGAGCAACGCUUUGGCAUUAGUACAGAGAAAGACUGUAGCAUCACCAAGUUCCUAAAUCGCAUCCUGGGCCUGGAAGUGCACAAGCAGAACCAUCUUUUCCAGUACUUCACCGACAAUUUUGACUACCUAAUCGAGAAGGACAAGAAGGAGGGCAAAUAUGACAUGGGCAUCUUAGAUCUGGCUCCAGGUAACGAUGAGAUUUACGAGGAAAAGCAGGAAACCUUUUUGACAGUCGGAAACCCUCAGGAUGGACAGGUGGUCCUUUACAAGAUCAGCGUGGACAGAGGUAUGCCUUGGGAUGAAGCCUACAACAGGUUUUUGAAUCUCUCCGGUACUGAUGAGGGCUUCUACUUGUCCCAUAAGCUUCGAGGUAACCAACCGUGUGUGCUGCUAGCUGAGCAAGGGAGAGGCAAGAACUUCAUCGUGUACAAGCCCAACAUCGGCAAGCAGACUCACCCCGAGAGCCUUGAUAACCUGCAGCAACGCUAUCGAAAGGCGACUCUCGAAGAGGCCAAGGACAACUGGGAGACCCAGUUCAGCUUCUCCUUGAAGAAAUGUAGCCAUGCCAACUGGAAUGGCAAAUGUAAGAAAAUUGAGGAAGGCCAGGAGUGUUUCCAGGGCAUGCGUCUCCGCCAGUACCACAUGCUGUGCGGCGCUCUGCUGCGUGUGUGGAAGCGGGUGUCCGAUGUGGUGUCCGACAUCACCAGCUCCAGUAUCCUGCAGAUCGUUCGCCUCAAAACAAAGCAUCACAACAAGCAAGUCGGCAUCAAGAUCCCAGAGAACUGCGUGGCCCGAGUGCGUGAGGAGCUUUUACUAAUGGACGAGGAGGUGAAAAAGCGGCGCAAGGAGAGGGAGAAGCAGGCCCUGGAGCAGCGUCUGGCUGAGGAGCGCAUGCGUAAAAUGGAGCAGGAGAACAAGCACCUCCUGGCUAAUCUAUUUAGCCAGAAACCCGUGGCCAACCAGUCCCUGGCCCAGUCGCUCCUUCAGAGCCAGAUCCUCAAACAAAAACUGAACCCGCUACAAAAGACACGGAUGGCGAGCAUCUCUCAGCUCCAGAGGAUGCAGGUGGCCCACAACCAGGCCGCCUUGCAGCAGAGUCAAGGUCUACUGACUUUACAUAGAAACCCCUCUCAAAGUCAGCAACUGACUCUGAACAGCUGGCCCAGCAAGUCCUCCAAGCAGGCCCUGCACAACACGGUCAGCCAUAGCUCCAAUUUCUCCCAGUUUUACCCCCAGUCAUUUUUACAUACGUUCCCCCAGCUGAAAAAACCCGCCGUCCCCGUCCAUCAGACCACACUCUCCACCGGUUUGUCCUCACAAAAGUCCCAGGACGAAAUCCUCGACUUGAUGAGCUCGCCGUCCCCUUUGCCGGACAGCACGGCGGAAAGCGGGUUGGGCCUGAACAACCUCGCGGGGCCCUCUGGGGCUUUCGUGGACGACUUCGGCCUGGAGUCACUUAUCUCGCAGAACGCCCAGCAGCUCCCGCCGCCGCCGCCUCUGGUUCUGCAGCAGCCGCAGAACCUCAGCAUGCUGGGCAACAACCACCAGGACCUUUUAGACCUAUUUGACCUGCCCAUCUCCCCCCAGAUGCCCACGCAGAAAGCCAGCCCAUCAUCCUCCGCCUCGUCCAGCUCCUCCUCGAUGUCCUCCACCUCCUCCCACGUCUCCCCCCUCGUGCAAACCUCCCCGCUCUUCUCCAACCCGCCUCCUUCCUCCUCCUCUUUGUUUGCCAACUCCUCUUCCCGCUUCUCCUCCAACUAUCUCCUCCCCCAGUCAGACUCUCUCCCCCUUAACGGCCACUGCAGCUCCGGCGCUCUUGACGUGCGCGAGGCUCUGAACAGCAUGCUGCAGGCGGGGCCGGACCGCAAGUCCGUCAUUCACUACCGGCAGCAAGACUGAGAGUGGCUCAUUAUCACUCUUUAAUGGCUUUUAAGCAGAUUUUAACACUGCUGUUUCCCAUCCAAAGUUGGACCCCUAAACCCCUCAGGACCUCCUAGUCACAUCACUGCCUGUCCUGCUCCCAGUCUUCUCUUCCCGCCUCCUCUUGGUUGCUACGGUGACUACAAACGCCAGCACCAAAGUGUGUCCUCCACUGCUUAAAGGCAGCUGUAAACGUUAAACUCACAUGAACAAAAAAAAAAAAAAAAACACUUGUUCAUCCUCGCAUAGAGUCCUUUAAUAGACCCUUUUUCCACUCCCCUCAUUUGACGAGGUAUCGGACCUUGCUGGAAGCAAAACCUGAACACGUUUUAGCUCGACCCGAGACGCAAAAAGGUGACGAGGAACUGGAAUACAAGAGGAAGAAAUCUUAGCUGACAAACCGUGAAAUGCCUCCGUUCCCCGACACGCUCCCUCUUGUUUGCGUCCACGUCCCCCCCUUCCCACCCCCCCGCCGCUCGUGUUAAAGGAAACGGGGAGCAGCAGUCUGCAAACAGUGCCUUCCGAGAAAUCUAUAAAUGCAGUCUUUAAAACAAAAAAUUCCAUGUAGCCUAAUGUAUAGAUUUGUAUUUUAAUUUAAAUAUAUUUGUAUUUAACUUUUUCGUCCCUUUUUGCGUUGUCCUUUUGUGUUACACUAUGCUGGUAGCGGGUUCCAAAAGAGGCCUCCGUGAAGCCUUGACUGCGUGUGUGCGUGCGCGUGUGUGCGUGUGUCUGUGUGUGUGUUUGCCGAAAAAGUGCACGAUACCGUGUAGCGUACAACAACACCAACAAGCGCGAACAGAACAGAUAGCAUCCAAAUAUAUAACCCCCUUUUUUUAAUAGACGAAAUAACAGAGAGAUUUCAACUCCUGGCGUGAUUUGAUUACCAAUUCUCAGGAACGUCUCAAGUGCUUUUGGUGGUGGUGUUUUUUUUUUGUUUGUUUUAUGUGUGUAUUUCUGACCAUCAAUAUAAACGUGUCUGUCAUGAAAUGACACUGAGACAUUGAAACUGUUUUUUUUUUUUAAUUGUCUUGAUGUCUGGAAAGAAAACCCUGCAAGCAGAAACUUUGAUUAUUCGGUAUUAAAGUCACUGCUUCUUCAUCCAUUUCAUUACUUUCAAGUGUCAUAACGCUAGCAGGUGCUCCAAAUAGACACGCUGUAUAUUUGUGUGCAUGUGCACGCCCCUAAAACCAAGUUAUUUUGACUGAUGUGGGCCCCCAGCACCCUUGAAAAGAGCUAGAUAAGCACAUGCACACGCAUUAUGUUUGUUCCAUACCCUUUUUCUCGUCUAUUUCGACCACCUUAACAUUUUUCCUGGGGUGCAUGUUGGCGAGUGCUUCCCUUAUUUUCCAUCAAUUGCCCCUAUUUUGAAACACAAAUGUUGACAAGUAUUUGUUCCUCUGGCCAUUUAUUUAUUGAUAAUAACAUAAUAGAAAUACACUAAAAGAUUUCCAACAAGUCCAAUUCCACAUUACACCCGCUCCCUACAUGAGCACAUGCAUGUGGCAACAUUGACAUGUUGUAUAAUUAAAAUGAUCACUCCUCUCGCCAGUUAUCGAUGAUAUCCGCCGCCUUGUACCCCAGAAGUAAACUCAGCUAUUUGAAACAAGCCACAAAAUUCAAAGCCUUUGACAUGUUUGCUCACCACCGAGCGCAGGUGUGUUAUUUUGGUAAUGUGAUUGCUCCUCCCACCAGUUAAUGAUAACCGGUACACUUGCUCAUGCACACAUUUCCGUGACAUAUAUGUCAUCUAAUGAAUCAGUUACAUAUGGUAACCAGUAGGGCCGUAAAUCAUCUUCUUCAAUUUGAUUCGAUUCUUGGGGGUAACUAUACGAUUCAGAGUCAAUUCUCAAUUCAAACUAAUUUUCGAUUCAAAAUCAAUACUAUUUUUUCAAUAACAUUGUGUGCCAGUUGUAGGACUAACUACAUUCCUCCAUUAAAUAGACAAACAGUUAUAUUACUUCAAAGAAAACUAUUUUUGUUUAACCAAAUGCUACCCAAAUAUUUAAUAAAGUCAAAUACAAAUAACAAUAAUAAUAGAGUAUCCUUCUCUUUUCUAAAGUAAACCUGUACAGCAGAUAAUAUCAUCUACAUCAGCAAUAGGAUUUUCGUGUGUGGCUGGAAAGGACCUAU